AAUUAUUACAUCAAAUAUCUAAAUGUAUAUAGUAUAGAUAAAGGUAGAUAAUGUUAAUACUUAAAAGCUUUAUAAAUUAUUAAUGUAUUAAUUAUUAUAGUAAUAUAAUUAUUAAAUCGGAAUUAGCUUAUCAAUCACUUUAGAACAAAAGUGAAAUGUAAUAAACUGAGAUUUUCAAAUUUUGUAUUUAAGUCAAAUAAUAAAGUAUUUGUUAUAUUCUGAAGUAAACUAACGAUUAUGAAUGUCAAAUUUGCUCGUGUUAGGUUCAAUGAUGAACUAACAAAAUACUAUAUUAAACCUAUAACAUGCAUAAAAGACAAUGAGGAUGAUGAUGACAAGAAUCAUAUAACGCCAUCAGAUGCAAAUGAUUUUAAUGCAAAAAAAACUUAUUAUUGCAAAUAUGUUCUAUGUGAAAAAUCCUGUAUUGCUAAGCAUAAACAUUAUGAAUAUCAUCCCUGCAGAAUGCUUAUUAGGAGAAUCAAUAGAAGUAAUACAAAACAAAGUCAAAGAGAAACGUUGCGCAGUUCCUAAAGUGAUUAAUGACUUAGGUGCAUUAAAAUCCAGUAGCAAAGAUAAUAUUUCAGAUCCUAAGAAGAUGAAAAAAGUGACUAAAGAAUCAAAGAAAAAGCAGUCAGACGCAAAGAACAAGAGAAAUAAGCAGUUUUUCGAGAUUCUUAAAAAUACAUUUACUGAUACUGAUGAUUCAUAUAGUGAAUCCAAUAAGUCAUCACAGUCUGUUACAACAAAUGCAAGUCUACUCAAUGUUUCAGUUCGUUUAGAAAAGUUAAAUGAUUUACAUGCAUCGCAACCGCCAAACUUGACACUCCAGAAAAAUGUACAUUCUCAAAACUCACAACGCGUAAAUGAACUUGACAAUUUAUCAGAUUUGUUACCAUCUGAUACAGAGUCACAUCAAUCUGCAGCAUCCUCUGUGCAAGACACAGCAGCAUCGUCUCCUCCUAAGAAUAAAUUCAAAAAUCGGUUUCAGCACAAAUCUUUAAGUUAACAACAUAAAAAUCAAUCACAAGGUAAAGAAACAACUGUCAGUGCUAAUGUAAAUAGUGAGAAUGCUGGUGAAAGUGCUGUUGGCAUAGAUGAUAACGAUACAGAUGAUGAAUUAGGGGGAUUAAAUCUUAGCAAUUUAAAUAAUCUUGCUGCAAAUAACGCUGAUAUAGAUGACAUUGCUGCUGCAGCCGUUGAUGCAAGAGAUGAUGGUGCCAAUGAAUUAGGAGGAUUCAAUCUAAGCAAUGCUCGUGCAAAUAACGUUGCACAAAAUCUUGCUGCAAAUAACGCUGAUAUAAAUGACAUUGCUGCUAAAGAUGUUGACGCUAGAAAUGAUGGCGCUGAUGGACCAGACAAUAUUGUUAAUGGAGAAAAUGACGAUGUUAUUCAAGAAGAGAUUGAUGACGAAGAACAGUUAGAGAAUAAUAUAGAAAAUGAAGCAGAUAAUAACCAGAAUUGUAGUAAUG